AUGUCUAAUAUUCGGCGAGAAUUAAUUUAUGCAGUGCUUAGUAGAGCAUUUACAUCAAUUGACACUAAUGACUUUCAUAAAUACCGUGAGUCUGUGAAACAAAUAAUUCUUGCUGAUGAUUCUUUUACAGAAGAAGAAAAAACUGAAGCAAUAAGAGAAAAUAAUAAAAAUUAUGACGCAGAUAAAAUUUAUUAUAAUUCAGGAACAAGAAGAAUUUGUGAAAAUUGUAAUCAAAAAUGUUUAGCUAUAUUAUAUUGUGAAUAUUGUGUUCGAAAUUAUUUAAAAGCAAACUUCUCAAACUGGACAUCUGGAAAUAAUAAUAUUGAUAAUUUAAUAAAAAAUUGUCAAUUAGAAACACUUGGACCAAAUGCAAUAAUUGAAUGGAUCCCAUAUAAUAAUUUAGAAAACAUUGAAUAUCUAACAAAAGGUGGAUUCUCUAAGAUUUAUACAGCAGAUUGGAUUGAUGGACAAUAUGAAGAAUGGGAUAUUAAAAAACAACAAUUAAUAAGAUUUGGAGCUCAAUAUGUAAUACUUAAAGAAUUAGGAAAUGUUGAAAAUGCAAGUCAAAGUUGGUUUGAAGAGGCCAAAUCGCAUUUUAUUAUAAGCAACAAACACGCAAUAAUUGUUGAAUGUUAUGAUAUUAAUAAUUAUUAUGAUAAAGAAACAACACGACAAAAACCAAAUGUUGAUAUUGAUGAUGAAGUGCAUAAUAAUCCAAAUCUUCAUUCAGAAGAACAAGAUGAGCUGGAAAUUCCGGAUGCUGGCAGUAAAAAAUUAUCCAAAGUAUUUAAAAAAUUGAAGAUAAACUCAAAAAAUGAUAUUAAUAAUUAUUAUGAUAAAGAAACAACACGACAAAAACCAAAUGUUGAUAUUGAUGAUGAAGUGCAUAAUAAUCCAAAUCUUCAUUCAGAAGAACAAGAUGAGCUGGAAAUUCCGGAUGCUGGCAGUAAAAAAUUAUCCAAAGUAUUUAAAAAAUUGAAGAUAAACUCAAAAAAUGAUAUUAAUAAUUAUUAUGAUAAAGAAACAACACGACAAAAACCAAAUGUUGAUAUUGAUGAUGAAGUGCAUAAUAAUCCAAAUCUUCAUUCAGAAGAACAAGAUGAGCUGGAAAUUCCGGAUGCUGGCAGUAAAAAAUUAUCCAAAGUAUUUAAAAAAUUGAAGAUAAACUCAAAAAAUGAUAUUAAUAAUUAUUAUGAUAAAGAAACAACACGACAAAAACCAAAUGUUGAUAUUGAUGAUGAAGUGCAUAAUAAUCCAAAUCUUCAUUCAGAAGAACAAGAUGAGCUGGAAAUUCCGGAUGCUGGCAGUAAAAAAUUAUCCAAAGUAUUUAAAAAAUUGAAGAUAAACUCAAAAAAUGAUAUUAAUAAUUAUUAUGAUAAAGAAACAACACGACAAAAACCAAAUGUUGAUAUUGAUGAUGAAGUGCAUAAUAAUCCAAAUCUUCAUUCAGAAGAACAAGAUGAGCUGGAAAUUCCGGAUGAUGGAUUUUAA